AUGGAGAAUCAAAUAAAGUUUCAGGAACAAUUGAACAAUCAACAGAUGGUGAAUGCGGUGACCACAAGAAACGGAUUGCAGACCCAGGAAGUGGUACAGGAGCAGGUGAAUCCCACAGUUUCUGAGGAGGUUUCUACAAUAAAUGAAGAGAAAGAGGUGAAAGAGAAAGAUGAUAGUGAGAAAGUUCAGGUAGAGAAGAAGACUUUACCUCUACCAUUUCCUCAGAGACAAAGGAAACAUCAGGAGGAGGCCAGCUACAAGAAGAUUCUUGAUCUUCUUAAGCAGGUGCAGGUAAAUCUUUCUCUUGUGGAUAUUUUGCAGAGUGUGCCGAAAUAUGUGAAAUAUUUCAAAGAUAUAGUUGCCAACAAGAAUAGGAUGACAGAAUAUGCCACAGUUGCACUGACUGAGGAGUGCACUUCAAAGAUUCAAAACAAGCUACCCACAAAGCUCAAGGAUCCAGGUAGUUUUACUUUGCAAAUUACUAUUGGGCAAACCUUUAGUGUCCAUGGACUUUGUGAUCUAGGGGUGAGCAUAAAUCUUAUGCCAACCUCUUGGUACCGGAAAAUGGGUCUCGAGAGUCCAAAACCCACCACUAUUGUAUUGCAAUUAGCUGACAGGUCCCUUGCUAGGCCUGAUGGUAUAGUGGAAGAUGUGUUAGUAUAG